GUUAGGAAAAAAGGAAGCUAAAAUGGGGCAGAGCAGGCCGAGUCAGCUCGCCAGGAUCUUACUGAGUCGCGAAGCCGAGUCCAAAUAUCCCCCACCCAAAAACAAACACACAAAAAUUUCACACACAAACAGGUGUGGAAAAAAUGGAGAAGAAAUUGGGAGUCUUCUUUACUACUACUACUAUAGUAACCCCAUAUCAACAACAGCCUCUCUCUCUAUCUUCUCUAACCCUAACGCAAACAUCCAAACGCCCCUUUUCUUCCCUCUCCCUCUUUCUCUCUCUACUAUUCGCACGCUUUUGCGUAUCCAUCUGCUUCGCCGACUCCAUUCUCUCUUUUUCCCUCGAAAUUGUACAACUCCUGUUUUAUCCUCUUCGUCUCCCAGCCUUCGGUCGUUCCGUUGUACGCCUUCUCUCGUUGGAGACCUUGAAGCGCCUAGGGGUUUGUGUACUUCAGCUUGAUUUGAGUCUUUAUAAUUUAAACAUGUACCACUAUUGACUUUGGAGCCAGAAUCCGGUUUAAUGGAUCAAUCUAGGGGGCCUUCAAUGGAGGGUGCUGGGGCUUCUAUAAAAAAGAGGAGAAGCCAAACAUCACGCCGACCUAGACCUGAAGGACAACCACUCUCUGAUCAAUCUCCUUUGUCAGUGGCACCAGGUUCAGAUGAUAUGGGUAAGGUCUCUAGUGAUGAGAAUAUUGGUGAUGGAAACUCUGGGGGGAAAAUGUUCAAUUUGAGUCAGUGUGUGUCGAGAUCCUUACCUGUUGGUGGCUCAAAUGGUGCUGCAAGUAAUGGUACAUGUAAUGGAGCAGGAAGUGAGAAUAGACCUAAAAAAGUUAAGCUGAAGGUUGGUGGCGUGACACGCACACUUCAGACUAAAUCUAGUUCUAAUGGAGAAUCGGGGAGUGGGUCUACAGCAAAAGCCAGUCACUCCUCUGAUAAUGCCCAGCCACGACAGAGGCUGAUCCCACAGGAAAGUUCUGAUGAAUACCAUUCCCCACCUCUCAAUAAGAAAGCCACCUUAAAAGGUGUUCCAUGGAAAGAUUUCUCUAAAAGUAGUUUCACUUUUGGGAGAGAGGAUAUGGGGAAGACAUCGGCGAAAAAUUCCAUUGAGAAGCAUGGAGAUAAGCCGGAUGCAGUUCGUAAGAGCAGAAGGGUUCCUAAGAAACGAGUUUUGGAUGGGGAUUUUGAUGAAGAUGACGAUGAUGAGAUAAGGUAUCUGGAGAAACUGAAGACUUCAAGGUUUUCUGGAUAUAAGGAUUUGGAGGCACAGUCAACCAGAAAAUUGCAGAAGGGUGUGAAGAAUGAAAAUACAGAAGAUACUGCAAGGCGAGAUUCUAGGAAACCCAGAUCUGGAGACACGGACUAUGAAGAGGAAGACGAACUUUCCUCUGAUGGCGAUGCUGAAGGGAAGAAGAAGAAAAAGCAAAAGAGGGAUCUGACAGAGUUACCAUCAGAAAACAAGAGAGAGAUAGCUCUGACAACUCGUCAACGAGCCCUUCUAAGCAAGGAUGCCCCAGAAGUGGGUGCAAGUCAAAUUGAGUUCCCAAACGGGUUACCACCGGCUGCACCUCGAAAACAAAAGGAGAAAUUAACGGAAGUAGAGCAACAGCUGAAGAAGGUGGAGGCUGCUCAGAGACGUAGAUUGCAGAACGAGAAAGCUGCUCGUGAAUCAGAGGCAGAGGCGAUCAGAAAAAUACUCGGUCAAGAUUCCAGUAGGAAGAAAAGGGAAGAGAAGAUUAAGAAGCGCCAGGAAGAAUUAGCACAGGGGAAGGCGACGAAUGCUCAAAUGCUUACAUCAAACACUAUCAGGACAGUCAUGGGACCUACGGGGACUACUGUCACAUUCCCUCAAGACCUGGGCUUGCCCAAAUUUUUCGAAUCCAAACCUUAUAGCUAUCCACCUCCUCGGGAGAAAUGUGCUGGGCCGUCUUGUACCAAUGAUUACAAGUACCGCGAUUCAAAGUCGAAGCUUCCUCUUUGCAGUUUGGAAUGCUACAAGGCUGUUAAUGAAGAUAUGCACACUCAGAAGGCUUGCUAAAAGUAUGGCCUUUCUUUUGUCAGUUAAAGAGAUGUGGAUUGUGGGGUGAUUAUCUCUCUACUCCAAGUUUCCUUUCUCAAAGGUAGAAAGAUAGGUUGGAAAUGGGCUCUGUAAUUGGUCCUCUACAUGCAAAGAUUUUGUUUUUUGCAGGAAACUUCCAUUUGAUCAAA